AGGAGCUGGGAGUCUGGAGGAGCAGGAGCAGGCAGCACAGAGUUCAGCGGCUCCCGCGUUCGUCCGACACUUAGCUAGAGCUGCUCCCCAGGCAGUGGAGGUGAUGAUGGCGGCGGCUGUAGAGAGAGGAGGCGUCCGGGCCGCUUUCCUGAACCCGAGCAGCGGCGGCGGCGGUGGACCAGCACCGACAACCCUCCCGACCGGAGCGUUAGCCGGGGCUGUGUCCCUGGGCUCGGGCUCCGGCAGCAUGCCUGUACCCAUGAACCUCUUUGCGACCUGGGAGAUAGACCGAUCGUCCCCAAGCUGCGUGCCGAGGCUCUGCAGCCUCACACUGAAAAAGCUGGUGGUCCUCAAAGAACUGGAUAAAGAGCUGAACUCCCUGUCAAUAGCUGUCAAAAUACAGGGCUCGAAGCGUCUUCUGAGAUCAAAUGAGUACGUCCUCCCGCCCAGUGGACUGAUGGAGACAGAUCUGGAGCUCACAUUCUCACUACAGUACCCCCAUUUCCUGAAGAGGGAUGCCAACAGACUACAGAUCAUGCUGCAGAGGAGAAAACGCUACAAGAAUCGAACCAUUCUGGGCUACAAAACUUUGGCUGUGGGAGUCAUCAAUAUGGCUGAGGUGAUGCAACACCCGACAGACGGAGGACUGAUUCUUGGUCUCCAUAGCAAUGUGAAGGAGGCGCCAGUACGUGUGGCGGAGAUCAGCGUGUACUCUCUGUCCAGCCAGCCCAUCGACCACGAGGACGGUAGCGGCCAGGCUGGCCGUAAGACCAAAACCUCAGACCGUUCCCCAGACAUGGAUAACUAUUCUGAGGAGGACGAUGACAGCUACUCGUCAGAGCAGGAAGCCAGCGAUGACGCUGUUCAUGGCCAGGAUCUUUACGAUGAAGACGACGAGGUCAGGAAGCCCAAGAAACCCCGGAGGAAAAUGAUCCGAACCACCUCCAUGACUAGGCAACCCAACUUCAAGCAGAAGUUUGUGGCCUUGCUGAAGAGGUUCAAGGUAACAGAUGAGGUCCUGGACUCUGACCCGGUCGAUCAGACCCAGGAGGUGGAGGAGGAUCUGGACUUACUCUACGACAGUCUGGAGGUGUACAACCAGAGUGACAGUGGGCCGGAGAUGGAGGACAAUGAGAGCGUUCUGAGCACGCCCAAGCCCAAACUCAAGCCAUUUUUUGAAGGGAUGUCUCACUCCAGUUCCCAGACAGAAAUUGGGAGCAUACACAGCCAAAAAAGCCAGCAGAGAGAGCUGUCAUGUCCUAGUGGUGACUUUCUGACCGUGGACAGAUGUAAAGUGCAAGGGGCCCGGUAUCAAGACGACAGCAUCACAGACACAACCGUCGGGGAGCCAGAGGCUGACGACAGCGGGCUGGGGCCGGGGGAGGUGAGCAGCUGGGAUGUCAACACUGAACGGAUGACCAGCACUGUUGGCAAGCUCUGCAAGACGGAGUCCCAAAACCACAUGUCUCCCAGUAAAAUGGAGAACAGGCUGCAGAGGCGUCCUCGCAGCACCUCCAUGAAAGACAGACAGAACUCCAAGGCCCAGAGCGACAGGACCAGCAGCAUGGAGAGCGAGUGCUCCCCUGACUCACGACUCAUAGCACAGGUUCCCAGAAAGUCUGUCUAUGACCAGCUGAACCAGAUCCUCAUUUCUGACGAACGCCUGCCAGAGAGCAUCAUCCUCAUCAACACCAUGGAGUGGCAAGGACAGUAUGUAUCCGAGUUGCUCCAUGAACAGGGCCAGCCCAUUGUGUCCACCUGCUCUGCCGCCGAUGUUCAGGCUGCCUUCAACACCAUCGUCACACGCAUCCAGAGAUUCUGUAACUGCAAUGCUCAGACACCACCGACGAUGAAGGUGGCAGUGGCAGGCGACCAGAGUUACCUCAGCACCAUCCUGAGGUUCUUUGUGGAGCAGCUGGCCAACAAGACACCUGACUGGCUCAGUUACAUACGCUUCCUGGUCAUCCCCAUAGGUUCUCAUCCUCUGGCAAAGUAUGUGGCCUCAUUUGACAGCAGGUUCAACAGCAUCUUUAUGGACACUGCAUGGAGGGAGCUGUUCUGCAGGACGGAACGGCCCGCCUCAGACAACAUUGAUGUAGCAGGACGAGUGGUUCAGUAUCUGGUCGGUGCCAACGUGUCCCACCAGUUCCCCAUCUCAGAAGCAAUGCUCACCUACAAACAGAAGAGGAAAAGAAGUUUGUAUUUUGAUUUUUACAUCAGCCCUGAUGAGGACUCCUGUCAGAAAUUUGUGCCAUUUAUUGGGGUUGUGAAAGUUGGAAUUGUGGAGCAAAGUUUGUCAACUUCAGUGGACUCAGAUGACGCAAUGGGGGUCAACACGAGCAUCUUGUCCUCCCCAACGCCCCCAUCGGCUGGUCCGUAUGGGAAGGAAAUCGGGGGCACUCCCCCACAGUCUCCCUCCGUGUCCACCGCCCUCUCUGGAGCUGGCUCUCCAUGUUCGGGCAGCGAGGUGAUGGGGCUCCAGGUGGACUACUGGACGUGGCAAGGCCCAGAGAAGAAGAAGGAGGGAGAGAAGAGAGACGUGGGACUGAAGAACACCCUGAAGAGUAAUUUCCGUUCACUGCAAGUCAGCCGCCUGCCUUGUGGAGGGGAGCUCACCCCUCCACCCAGCAUGGCCAUGACUGUGGUCACCAAGGAGAAGAACAAGAAAGUGAUUUUUCUCAGCAAGAAGCCCAAGGAGAAAGAGCUGGACUCUAAGAGCCAAGUGAUUGAUGGCAUCAGCAGGUUGAUCUGCACAGCCAAGCACCAGCACACCAUGCUGAGAGUCACUAUUGAUGGAGUGGAGUGGAAUGAUGUGAAGUUUUUCCAGCUCGCUGCCCAGUGGCCAACACAUGUCAAGCACUUCCCAGUGGGAAUCUUUGGUUACACUAAGCCCGUGUGACCUUGGCCACCACCCACUCCGCCACCACCAGACUCUCCGCUGCACUUGUCUCACCGAGAGGCUUCAGAGAAUUAGAGGAAAAAGCCGAUGGGCCCCCGGCAGUUAUAGUUUUCCUGUGGAAAUCUUACUGACUCACAACCACGUGUUCAACACACAGAUUUCAUGUCGUCAGUUGGAUGUUUUUGAUGUUGUUGGGUGUUGUUGUUGUUUUUUA